AUGACAGUAUUUAGGGCAGCAUGGACUGGUUGGGUUGGCAGAGUCAGUAUAGUGUGUCCAGGUAGGACAUGUUCUGUUAGUGGAACAAAAACUGCCUACCCUUCCAGAGCACAUGUCGGUACUGUUAGUGGAACAGAAACUGCCUACCCUUCCAGAGCACAUGUCGGUACUGUUAGUGGAGCAGAAACUGCCUACACUUCCAGAGCACAUGUCGGUACUGUUAGUGGAACAGAAACUGCCUACCCUUCCAGAGCACAUGUCGGUACUGUUAGUGGAGCAGAAACUGCCUACCUUUCCAGAGCACAUGUCGGUACUGUUAGUGGAACAGAAACUGCCUACCCUUCCAGAGCACAUGUCGGUACUGUUAGUGGAGCAGAAACUGCCUACCUUUCCAGAGCACAUGUCGGUACUGUUAGUGGAACAGAAACUGCCUACCCUUCCAGAGCACAUGUCGGUUCUGUUAGUGGAACAGAAACUGCCUACCCUUCCAGAGCACAUGUCGGUACUGUUAGUGUAACAGAAACUGCUUACCCUUCCAGAGCACAUGUCGGUACUGUUAGUGGAACAGAAACUGCCUACCUUUCCAGAGCACAUGUCGGUACUGUUAGUUGA